CGGUGUUGACGACGGGCGAGGGAUUUGACCGUCAGAGGUUUUGUGACGUUUCAGUGACAGCUCGAUCUUGGUCACCAUAACUCGCGUCGAUUAGUGACUAUUUUUAGUGAAAGCGAUCUGUCCAAGGCCUUUGAUACAGUGUACCCGAUGUUGCAAAGCCCCAUGUAACCUGUCUUCUGAACUACAAACUACUAUGUCCACCGGUACCUCUAGGGCAGACUGAGUACAGUGAACUGGCCGUUUUAGUGUCAAAUAGUGACUGUUUAGGUGAUAGUAGUAUCGAUGGUGAUGUCAGAGGCGUCAGGCGUUAUCGCCAUGCAUCACCAGCUACCCUUACACCACCAGCGGGGUUUGGUGCAACCCAGUUUGGUGAUGAACCCUAUUGGGGACGGCUGUAGUAUUGAUGGAGGAGGCGGCAAUGGACAAAAUAAAAAGCCCCGAAGACUGAGCCACUGCGUGGGUUGCGGAGGCCAAAUCCACGAUCAGUACAUCCUCAGGGUGGCACCUGAUCUGGAAUGGCACGCAGCCUGCCUUAAGUGCCAAGAGUGCCAUAUGUUUCUCGAUGAAAGUUGUACCUGUUUUGUUAGAGAUGGAAAAACAUAUUGUAAAAGGGAUUAUGUUAAAUUAUUCGGCACCAAAUGCGACAAAUGCGGCAGCUCGUUCAGCAAAAAUGACUUCGUAAUGCGGGCGAAAAGCAAAAUCUACCACAUAGAAUGUUUCCGGUGUUGUCAGUGCGCGAGACAACUGGUACCCGGGGACGAGUUCGCGUUAAGGGAAGGAGGCGCGUUGUACUGUAAGGAGGACCAUGACGUCAUCGAGGGUCAAAAGGGGAGCGGGGGUACAUCAGGCCCAGCCACUCCUCACCCCGCAGCCACGGAGAGUAACAACAACACUAGUUUGAGUAAUAAUAAUCAUAGUAGUAAUUCAACGGAGUUAGGAUGUAUGAGUGAUUCAGGGUCAGAGAGUGGUUCUCACAAAGGCGGAGGUCUCCGAGGAAGCAAAGGUAACUCAGGAGUAUCAGGAGGAGGCGGAGGCGAUGGUAAACCCACCAGAGUACGUACUGUCCUUAAUGAAAAACAAUUACACACGUUAAGGACAUGUUAUGCGGCAAAUCCGCGACCAGAUGCCCUCAUGAAAGAACAACUAGUCGAGAUGACCGGACUGAGCCCCCGAGUGAUCCGAGUAUGGUUCCAGAAUAAGCGGUGUAAAGACAAGAAAAAAACAAUUCUGAUGAAACAACAAAUGCAGCAGGAAAAGUUUUUUGCGCAGGACGGACGUAAGCUGGGCUACGGCGCAAUGCAGGGUAUUCCGAUGGUAGCAUCUUCGCCAGUGAGACAUGACUCACCACUGGGAGUUCAUCCGCUGGAAGUUCAAGCGUAUCAACCCCCUUGGAAGGCGCUGCACGACUUCGCCAUGCACUCCGACCUGGAACAACCUCACCAGCCGGCCUUUCAGCAGCUCGUGAAUCAGUUAUCAUUCCAGAUGCACGGCUAUGAUCUCCCACCUCCGUCCAUGGGCGGGCCGCCACCAGGAGGCCCUGGAGGUCCGGGCGGACCUCACCCGGCCUCCCUACUAGGCGCGGGUCCUCCACCACCUCCAGACUCGAUGACGCAUCCGGACAGCACCGACGGCUACGUCACAUAUCUGGAGAGCGACGACAGCCUGCCGGCCAGUCCCUAACAGGGUGGCUAGCAGACGCCCUUUGAAAUUAAGCCCGAUUUUGAUGAGGUGCUGCCGCCCGAAGAUCUUUCUGUCGUUAAAAGUGAGGUUGGUGUGGUAUCUCUAAGAGGACGGGGAGUUAAGCAAAAAAGAGGAGGGAAAAGGGAGUGUUUGCGAGAGGGUUGGAGUUAUGAACCUCAGGCCGCUCUUUUGAAAGCUUGCUGGUCCAAUUUGAUGGGGCUUAAUUUCAUGUAAGGGGUAGUUUGUGAUUUGAUUAUUAUUUGUUUGUUUUGUUUGUUACUUAUGUUGUAAACCUUAUUUUAUUAGAAAGUACAGUUAAGUGCUAUUUGGUAUUUCAUAUUUGUUUGUGUUAUAAACGCUUAUUGGAAUAUACUAAAAUACAGGGGGGUGGUUGGUGAAGACAGCAAGGUUUUCAAUGACCCAAAAGAAAUUUUUAGAAAAAAAGACAAAUUAAUUUUAUAUUUUCUUUAUUUUGUAAAUAUAUAUUCAUACAAUAUAAUAUUACCUAUUAUAGUUUUAAUUAAAACGUGUUAUAAGCUUUAUUUAAAGAUAAUAAAAAUUAAUUUAUUUAAUUUUCCUUUAAGAAAUGCAGUUUUUAUACAAAAAACCUCAUAUUAAUCUCAUUUUCAAGUUAUCCGUUUCAGUAAUGAAAUUAUUAGUAUUUCAAAAUACCAAAUUUUCUUGGAAAAAGAAUCAUGUGAUUCCUUGGAUAAAAUAGAAAAUGGCUUUGCUCCCUUAUAGAAAUUAAAAAAAAAUAGUUUUAGGAUAAGACUUCACAUGCCUCGGAAAAAACUUGAAAAUAAAGAUGAAGGAUUUAUGGAGCUUCAAAAAAAAGGAAGUUACUUGGAAAAAAUAAUAAAUGACCUGAAGAAAACUGGCUUUGCCUACUUCAAAACAUUAAAAACAAUUACAACUGCAUGGACACAUUUUCAAACAAAAAAAAAUUAAAAAAUAUAUAAUUUGACUUCGAAAUCAAUUAAAAAUAAAUAAUUUAAACUGCAAGUUUUAAAAAAAAUCUUGCAAUCUCCGGAUAAAAUAUAAACUGGUUUACCGAUUUCAUGAAAUAAAAACAAGUGUUGAACUCCAUGGAAUAGAAAUCCAAAUUUCAAAUACUUUGGAAAAAACUUCAAUAGUAAGGUAAAAAAAUAUAAAGUCAAAUAACAAAUAUUUAUGAACAUUCAAGAAAAACUAAGUUACAAAAAUGGAAAAAGAAUAAAUCAUAUAAGUAAUCAUAAUGGAUAUGACUACUUCAAUAAAAAAAACACAUAUUUAAACUACUUUCAAAAAAUCUCAAAUAUUGCGUUAUAUCUCAAAUUUCAAGAUAGAAAUUCAUUUUUUUUAAAUGUUUUCGGAAAAAAAUUGAAAAGAGAUAAAAUAACAAAAAACAAAGCUGCUUGGAAAAAUUUAAAAAUUAUCGUCGUUAUGUAGACGAAAUAGAAAAUGGUAUAAGCUUUUUUAGUAAAUCAAUAAAACUAUUUUUCUCAAAUAUUUUUUAGGACAAAGAUUUAAAUCGCUUCGGAAAAUUCUGAAAUGAAAGAUUAAUUAAGCUUUUUAGCAAACUAAAAAAUGAACUAAAUUAGUUCAGGAAAUAAGAUUAUUUUAAUACUCAUUGAAAUUCUCCUUUAUUCAGAUAUAUUAUAUUUAUAAGCACUUUACCGAAAUCAGUCGAGUUAACAGGAUAAAAAAAGAAGAAAAUCUACUUUAAGGAAUAAAAAGUUAUUUUAGUUGCGUCGGAAAAAUAAUUCUUGAAAACUGAAUUUUCUAGAAACUGAUAUUUCUGGAUAGAAAGAAAAAACAUGAACAACUUCAACAAAAAUACUACUUUGAACAGAACUUUUGAAAAUUAUGAUGGAAAAAUUAUUAGUUGAAAAAAUUAUUUGAUUGCUUGUCUGAGUGCAGUGAAGAUAUCGGAAAGGAUCGUGGGAUAAAGACAUUAGUUUUAGAAUAAAAAUUUGAAAGUUUCAAAAAUAAAGCGAAAAUUUAAAAAAAAAUAUCUGUGGUAAAGAAAACUCGUAUGUAAUCAAAGAACUUAAGAGUGUAGAACACGAAAAAGAUUUUCUUCAAUUUUCUGGAAAAAAUAUAUUUUUAGCUCUUAAAAAAGUUGGAAAAUUAUUCCGAUGGAUGAUAGCAAAUUAAAUGGUUAAGCUUUUAAUUCAUAUAUAAUUAAUGAUUCGGUCAGUUUUCUAACAUCACAAGCCGCCCCUUUUAAAAACCCUAUUAUUGCAGUAUUAGAUAUAUGAAUGAUGCCUUAAUAGAGCUAAACGGGUUAUGAUAACCUGAUCAUAAUAAAGGGUGUUUUUUUUAGAGUCGGAGAACUUUAAAUUGAAAUUAAACACAAAAUAUUUUAUUGAUAUGAUAUUUGAUAUGAACUGAACGAAUUUGCUUUUAUAUUAAAUAAUUUUUUUUGGCAUUAAUAUUUAAAAAUGAUUUCGGGCAUGUGACCCCCACGGCUGGCGCGUACGUGGCGUAAUCUAGAGGUCCAAUUUUCACAAACUCUUUCCAGUAUUGCAGGCUGUAUUUCGACAAUCACGCGUCGUAUGUUGGCUUCCAAGUGCUCAAGUGUUUCGGGUUUAUCAGCGUAGACAUGCGACUUAACAUAGCCCCAAAGAAAAUAAUCUAAUGGCGUCAAGUCGCACGAACCAGCUGGCCAGUUUACAGGUCCAGUCCUUGAAAUUAUUCGUUGCUCGAAUGUCUCUUGUAGUAAAUUAAUUGUUUGGCGCGCUGUAUGGCACGUGGCACCGUCCUGCUGAAACCACAUUUCUGCAACGCCUGCAACGGCUUCAAUUGAGGCACAAAAAAGUUGGUUAUCAUGUUUCUGUAUCGCUCACAGUUUACUGUAACGUUCUGACCAUCAGCAUUUCUAAAGACAUAAGGACCAAUGAUUCCACCGGCCCAUAAAGCGCACCAAACGGUUAGUUUUUCUGGAUGUAACGGGUUUUCGCCAAUGGCUCGUGGAUUCUCAUCCCCCCAAAUUCGGCAAUUCUGCUUGUUUACAUAGCCAUUUAACCAAAAGUGUGCUUCAUCACUGAACAAAAUUUUCAUAUGAAAUCGUGGAUCAACAGCAAUCUUUCCUUCCGUCCAUUCAGCUAAUGUACGGCGCAAAAGAUGAUCCUGGGGUUUUAACUCCUGGACAAGUUGAAUUUUAUACGCUCGCAAUCCGGGAUCUUUGCGCAAAAUUUUCCUUAAAGUCGAUGGACAUAAGUUCACUUGUUGAGAACGACGACGAAUUGACACAUUUGGAUCAUUAUCAACAUUAUGCUGCACAGCAGCUAUCGCUAGUUGCGAGCGCACUGUACGGCGUCUUACGGGAUGCGUAUUGUCGACUAGAGUAAAAGUAUUGCGAAAACGAUCAACAGUUUCUCGAAUUAAUCUCUCUGAAGGACAAUUAUGAGCACCAUAGAACUCACGUAAUGCCCGAUGUGUUUCUCGAAUAGAUCUAUGUCUUUCAAAAUAAAUUUGAACAAUUUGGAAACGUUGCUCCGGCGUGAGUCUGUUCGUGAUGAAUUGCCAAACCAAACUAAUCUAAAAAUAACCCAGAACUGUCAGGUCGGCUGUCAUAGAAAACAGUGUUGCCAAAUGAAAGUUCUCCGCCUCUAAAAAAACACCCUUUAAUUUAGGAUACUGUAGGUUUUGAAUUUAUAAGUUUUACCUACUGUACUUAUUACCUAUAGCCUACAACAAGCACUAAACUGUAUUCUUCUAACGGUGCUGGUAAACCAUUAUCAGCGGCCAAUUGAAAUUGUAAGUGCAAUUAUAAGUGUUGUUUUUUACUUAAUGAACGAAUUAGUAAUUUUAAAAACUAAAUGUUGUAUAUGGUUUUAUUGAAAAGACAUUGAUUUGUUAAGAAUCUAAAACUUUUUCUUCGUUUUUGAAAUGAACAUUUGAAAAUAUGCAGGAUAUAUGUCAGUCAGCAUGAUUUUCGGGCAGUACUCAGGAUAAAAUAAUUUAGGGACCAUAAUUGAAAUUUUAUUUCUUGGGGUCCAAAUUUAAUCAAAAAUAUAUCCUGCAUAUUUUCAGAAAAAUGUAUGUAGCAUACCUAUAUUAUAUGUAAAUUGUUGUAAAUAACUCGAUUUUUAUAACCACGAUGAGAUUGUUUUAAAUGUGUACUAUCGUAACGCCCUGUAUAUAAACAAGAUAUUACCGCCAUCGGUAAAGAUUAUACAUAUAGAAAAUAUUAUUGAUAAGAUUAUUAUUCUCUGUAAAUGUACAUAGAUAUUAUUGUAAAUAAAUAAAUACUGCAGUUAUUAUUAUGAAAAUUAUGAGUUUUUGUUU